AUGACUACAUUUUCGCGGGAAACGUCUUCCGCAGCAAGCACACUCCAGAGAAAACGUGUCGUGGUCUCGUCCUAAACUCCUUGGAUUUAUUUCUACGUUGUUUUUAGUUUUAUUGGUGAGCCGGGAUGAAGACUAGAAUGCGAGUCAGACGAGUUUACAAGUGGAAAGGAGAACCUCUGCACUUCGACAGGAAGCUGAGAAACUUUGAAUAUGGCUCUUUAGUUAUCAGUGAUGAGGGUCUACCCAGGCCCACCGUCAUUACCUUGGGUCAGUACAUCCUCAUUGAGGGAGACGACGAAGACAACCCCUACGUGGCCAAAGUUGUCAAGCUUUUUGGGGACGAGAGCGAGCACCAGAUGAAGGCGGCGGUCCAGUGGUUUGUCCGCGUGUCCGAAGUGCCAGUGGGCAAGCUGCGACAGCUCGGCAGAGACCCCCACCCGCAGGAGAUCUUCUACUACCUGGGAAGAAGUUGCGAUGAAGAGAUCAACGCGGACUCCAUCCUCAGACCUGUGCAGGUGAAGCAUCUUGAUGGAGCAGCUCCAUUUCCCGACUGCGGUGAUAAAGAUACUUUAUAUGUCAAAUUGUCCUGGGACAGCAAGAGGUUCUCAACGGUAGACCCCUCCCUCAUGUCACCGUCCCGCCCAGCCGCCCGUUGGACACGCCACCUGGGCCAAUCACCCGCCGGCACCCCCGCGUCCCGAAAGGCCUCCCGGCGCACUUUGCCUACUCCCGAUUUGGCGGUCAUGCGGCGUGCGGACUCCGCGGAGCAAAGGGCGAAGAGAGCGUGCAUGAGCGCGGGCAAGCUGGCCAGCAUGGAGGCGGAGUCCUUGCACUCGGCCAGCAAAUCGUCCGCUUCAAAAUGUCUGAGCGAGAAGAGAAGGAGCGCCUACGACCGGACACCGGGAGUACGCAAGCGUCUGGAGCUCAGCAGUCCAGAGAAGACGUCGGCGAUUAAUGACGAGGUCUUGAAUCAGAUACUGGACCGAGCGCUGGAGUCGGAGUCGGACUUGGCUCAGAGUCUGUCGUCGUCCCCUCCAUUGAUGGCGCGUCCUUCCCACCGUUUGACGCCACUCGCCAUCUCCUUAAAGCCCACAGUGGUCAUGGCGAGCAAGGUCUCCAGUCUUCUGUCUCAUAGCAGAGAUCCGACCCGAGGUAGUACUCCCCGGAGUAAAGAGCAGAAAAGCUUGAAGGAACCAGCUCUUGGAGUGUUACCGGAGGUGAACGAUGAAAACUCUCCCAAUCUCCCCCACGGCUCAGCACAAAGAAACUCGAAAAGAAAGUCUGCUCGACUCGUGGCGACUCGAAUCAAAAAGCAAUUAAAUCUUCUGGAUGAGACACUGACGUCAGACGACACAGGAGACGAGGAAGAGUUUGUUCCAUCUAAAAAAGCACAACAGAGUAGCAGCGAGGACGAUGACCACGUUAUUGACAGUGAUGAAGAAACACUUGCCAAAAAAGGUAGAUUUACGCCUCGUUCCAGGAAAAGUUCAGCCAGGACGCCGCAAAGAAAAGCCAAUAGGAAGGUACCAGGCACGCCGCAGACUCCCCGCCAUGCCACGCCCACAAUGCCCAGCAGGGCGCAGCCGGCCCGCCAGCCCACCAACAUACUGGAAGUGGCUCGAGCAAGGCUGCACGUGUCUGCAGUGCCAGAGUCGCUACCUUGCAGAGAGCAAGAGUUUCAAGACAUUUACAACUUUGUGGAAAGCAAAAUCAUGGACGGCACCGGAGGGUGCAUGUACAUCUCCGGUGUACCGGGGACAGGAAAGACUGCAACGGUGCAUGAGGUGAUUCGCUGCCUGCAAAAUGCCGCCAACAUGGAUGAGAUUCCGUCUUUCCACUUCAUCGAGAUCAACGGCAUGAAGAUGACAGACCCUCAUCAAGCCUAUGUUCAGAUCCUCCAGAAACUGAGCGGUCAGAAGGCCACAGCUGACCAUGCAGCUUCCAUCCUGGACAAACGAUUCAGCAGUCCUGCUCCCAGGAAAGAAAGCACCGUGCUGCUGGUGGACGAAUUGGACCUCUUAUGGACCAGAAAGCAAAACGUGAUGUACAACCUUUUUGAUUGGCCGACGCGACGCCACUCCCGCCUGGUGGUUCUGACUAUCGCCAACACGAUGGACCUGCCUGAGAGGAUCAUGAUCAACAGGGUGGCCAGCAGACUGGGCUUAACUCGGAUGUCAUUCCAGCCUUACAGUUUCAAGCAGUUGCAGCAGAUCAUCACGUCGCGUUUGAACAAAGUGAAGGCGUUUGAAGAAGACGCUCUGCAGCUGGUGUCCAGGAAGGUGGCUGCCUUGUCAGGCGACGCCCGCCGAUGCUUGGACAUCUGCCGCCGAGCCACCGAGAUCUGCGAGCUCUCCGCCGGCCCCGGCUUGGUGGGGAUGUGUCACGUGAUGGAGGCGGUCAAGGAGAUGUUUUCCUCCACCUACGUCAGCGCCAUCAAGUGUGCGUCGAGGCAAGAACAGGUGUUCCUCCAAGCUGUCAUUGCGGAGUUUCGACGCCUAGGAUUGGAGGAGGCCACCUUCCAACAGGUGUUUGUGCAGCACCAGGCGCUGUGCCGCGUGGAGGGCCUUCCGUCCGUCAGCGCCUCGGAGGGAUUGGCGGCGUGUCAGCGUCUGGGUGCCUGCAGGCUGCUCCUGCUGGAGGGCGGCGGCGCGGGAACUCUGCAGCGUGUUCGCCUCAACGUGGGCCAAGACGACGUCCUCUACGCCCUCAAGUCCGACUGACGCGGGAACUCACUUUUUAAUCCAAACUUUUUAAAUCCUUCUUUAAUUGGACUUCACAUUUAGCAGUAGUUAAUAUUUAGUAUGUUUUAGUGUACAUCGUACUGUUUAGUCGCCUAUUUCAAGU